AUGAAGAUAAGUAUGUAUUUGAGCGUACUCCUCUUGGCAUUAGUGAUCAAAAUUGUAACAGCUAAUGUUAGACUCCAACGUUCACCUCAGCAUUACUGUGGUUCUAAAUUGGCGGACAUCAUGAAAGCUCUAUGCAAUACCAAGUACAAUGUACCAAAAGGACAAAAAAGAAGUGAAACCGAUUUUGAUCUAUGGGAUUACAAAGACCUCGAAGACUACAAUGCUAUUGACUUACCAUACCUAAAGAAAGAAGAAAUGUCAUUUAUGCCCUCACGUUUUCGGCGCUCUGUCAAAAGAAGUAUCAUCGAUGAAUGCUGCCGCAGACCCUGUUAUUUAUCUGAACUAAAAUCUUAUUGUGCAAAUCAGUAG